UGCACGACAAUAAAAGUCCCGAAUUAACUUUCUCCUUCCUCCGGCCUUCCCCUACUUGGUUCUUUUGUUUUAUUUCAUGACCACGGAAAUUCGUUGUCUGGGAGGAGGAGGACGUUCGUGGAGUGAGUGUAACCUAACCAUAUUGAUGUGACGAAGCUCAAAUUCGUGGUAACUACACGAAGCAACAUGUGCGAAGUACAAGUGUGGCUACCACCAGGAACAGUGGAACAAUAAGUUAUUAUAGGCAAGGCGACGAAUCGGCGACGGUUUUUGCUCAACUCGUUGUCUGGCUUGGUCUGAUCUCAUCUUACUCUCGUUGGCCAGUUGGGACAAGGAUGUCGCAGUGAGAGGAACAUUAUACAGAGAGAUGAGUCAGGGAGGAGAAUACUUUUAUUUCUCAAGAAGACUUGAAUGACAACCAACAAGGAUACUUUCUCUGAAGGUAUUCCCUCUUGGGAAAGAAACCUCCAGAAAGAGCAGCAGUCACUGUGAGAGAAGAAAUGCAAAGCACGCACUACGCCUGACAGCCGUGGUGAUGAUGAUGAUAAGAGUUAUCAAAAAUGAACGACUCAUUUCCCAUUUACAAGAGUGACACAGUUUUACUGCAGAAAGUGUCGCCGUGAUCUGAAUUGAAGUUCCAGUAGGAAAAAGAAACCAAAUAUACCGAAGAAUAACUUUUUUGAAUUGAAUAUUAUUAAGUAAACCAUACAAAGGGUUGAGUGGAGUAGUGGCUUCGUCCACGCCUAUACACACAAAAAACUCUGCUGGUUAUUGUUAUUAUUAACUCACUUUCUCCACCACCACCGGUCUCCUCCUCCUCCUCCUUUUCCAUUCAAUCGUCGCAAUAACAUAAUAUACUCGAAAAUAGAAAUGCACAAGAGGAAGAACAUAAUAAUGAACGAGCUUAUUCUCUGGAUCACAAUCGUCUGCUUCGUUACUGAAGGAGCACCUUUCUCGGAGAAGUUGAAAUCUGAUGGGGACCAUCACAUCCAAUUGAUUUCGGUGGACCAGGGGACAAACUUUAGCCUGCCUUGCGGUGGAGCGAAAGGGUCCGUCAUGUGGAUUCACGAAGACAAGAGAGACUUGGUCAGGACUUAUCGCGUUCAGCAGGAUGGGAGUCUAUACUUUCCGAACAUGAAAAGGUCGGAUGCGGGCAUUUAUUCCUGCCGAGUGGAGACAGAUUACAAAUCAUCAGCCGAAGAGUCGGUCGAGGCACGUGUGCGGAUCCAUGUUCGCACUGCACCUUUGGCUCCGAAGAACGUGACAGUAGAGCCGUUUACAAUAUCAGCUUCCGUUGCUUGGGAGAUAGACAAGGAAGGCGAGGGGGGAUAUGCCAUUCGAAAUUUCCAGAUUGCGUAUCGCUUAAAAAACGCGACGGAAAACGAUUGGCAGACGUGCCUUCCUGCAUUUAUUGAACCAUACCUUAGACAAUACAGCAUUUACCACCUGCAGCCCAAUUCGUCAUAUGUGGUGAAAGUUUGGGCCAACAAUAAAUUAGGAAGUGGUCUGAGCACGUUGGUGGAAAUGAUGACGAAGAAUGAUCCACAAGAGAUUGAGCUACGAAAGCACUUUCUUGACGGUGUGGACUCUUUUGACGUGAGAAUAUGGAUAAUCGCCGUUGGAAUCGUGAUCACUACUCUCCUCGUCCUGGGACUUGCGACAUGUUGCUUAUUUUAUAGAGAGUAUAACAUGCAUCUUGUGGCUGACUCGACGGACGUUGACGGUGAAAGCAUCGAGUUGAUGCCGAAUAUUAUUCUAAAUCCGGGCUACGACUUUCAAUCUGCGGAAAUCUCACAUCCGGAUGAGAACUCUAAUAAUACGACAGCCACGCGAGUCAACAAUAACUCGGUCGUAUACCCUUCGCGUGUGUGACAAAUACAAAUUGCGGUGUUCAUGUCCAACUCACGACCCAUGCAGUCAUCCUUCCCCUUCUUAUCGUCGUCAUCAUCUGAUGGUUGUAGUUCUUAUAUCUAAAAAUGGUCAGACGCCGCCGUCGCUGUUGUUUCGUUGUAAGAAGAAUAAUUCGCAGAAUGUACCUGCUACAUCCAUGCUGCUUGAUGCUACUGUUAAAAAUAUGGUGUGUGUCAUAAAUUGUACUGUUUUCUCAUGAAAAAAUCUCACAAAAUGAUAUCUGGUUGGUUCGGCAGAACCAACAAUGUAUAACUUCUGGUCUCGCAGCAACUCAUAAUUUUGUAUUUUGCUAUUAAAGUUGUAAAAAGAGUGGCUGCUAUAUGUUUAGUGAAUAAUUAUAUAAGUAAGUAAAUAUGUACAGAAUGUAAGACUCGAAUGUGUAGCAAUACCAAUAACGCGACCUUUUAAUGAUGAAAAUACUUUCGAGAAGUACAUUUAGUUUUAAUUUAUUAAUGGGAUAAUAAAUCAUGAAUAACCCAAAGGCUUAUACUUGUUUUUAAAUAUAUAUACCAAUGUACCCCCGAAAUUUAUAAUAUAUCGUUUAUGAUUUGCUAUUUAAAUUAGUCAAGCUCGUUUAAGCGUUAUUUUUAUAUCCAAUGAAGAUGAGUACAAUAAAUAAUAUUGACGACAUUCA